CACCUUGCUGUUAGCUUAUUGGGUGAGAUCCCCGCUUGUCAGUAUACAAAUAGGGUUAUCUAUUGUCUAUGGUCGUGGAGUUUAGGUUACAAAGUCCCUAGAGCGGAAUCUUCCAAUAACAAGUGCAGAAUUGACAGGAAGAACAGCACUUACCUGUCUUAGCAGCUAGGCCUAACUCUUCCUUCUUGACUGCCAUGGGGCUUGAAGCCAAAACUUUUGCUGUCCCCCACCCCUACUGGCCUCGAAACCUGGAGCUCCAGCACUAUGUCCCAAAUGACCGUCCCAUGUGGCAGAUCUUGGCUUUCCUCUUCUCAGUCUCGGGGGCUCUCCUAAUACUGACUUGGCUAGCAGCAGGAUGGCGGAGCAGGACAGCUGUCCCUCUUGGAACCUGGCGCUCCCUGGCUAUCUGCUGGUUUUCCAUCUGUGGUUUUAUUCAUGGUGUCAUUGAAGGCUGGUUUAGCCUGUACUAUAUGGAAAUCCCAGGGGACCAAUCUUUCCUCUCACAGCUCUGGAAGGAAUAUGCUAAAGGUGACAGCAGAUAUGUCAUAGCAGACAACUUCACAGUUUGCAUGGAGACCAUCACAGCCUGUGCCUGGGGACCCCUCAGCCUCUGGACUGUGCUAGCAUUUCUUUGGGGCCAGCCCCACCGGUUUGUGCUGCAGCUAGUGGUGUCACUAGGCCAGCUGUAUGGGGAUGUUCUCUACUUCUAUACUGAGUACCGUGACGGCUUCAGCCAUAGUGACAUGUGGCACCCAGUCUACUUCUGGUUCUACUUCAUCUUCAUGAAUGCUUUGUGGAUCAUCAUUCCCUUGGUUCUUAUCCUGGAUGCUUGGAAGCACCUCACUGCUUGCCAGAGGGCAAUGGAUGCCAGCAAGUUGAAAAAACACUGACAACUCACACAGUGGGUCAAAAUGGGUGGUUAUUCCAUUGUCUAGGGUUGAGACAGCAUCAUAACCAUUUUGUGGUUGGUUGGUCACUUUCUGCUCCCAUUGCCUGAGGUUCUUCUCCUCUUCCUCCCCUGCCCCCCGCUACUCUCUGAGGCUCCUUCCACAUCAGGUGUAAAUAGAACAAACAGAGGAGACACAGUGAUAUGGCAGGUGUUCUUCACUCCUCGAAGAAUUCAUAGUUCUAAGCGAACAGUUGCAAACUUACUUGGAAGUAAGCCCCAUUGAACUCAGUUAGUUUUACUUCUUUCUCUCUAGCCUGAUCCUAUAUUCAGCUAAUUUAAAUGGCAGGGCAAGGUUGAAAUCGAAAGGAAAGCACACCACCAGUGGCUUGUUGGGGGCUGGAUUGCAGAACUCUGCAGACAGCAUCUGGCCCACAGACCAGCAGUGACACCCCAGUCUUAGACUAAGAGGGAACCAUAUGUGCAGCAGUCAUAGUGCUGCUCUGUUUAACAUGAAGCUUCACUGUGGAGGCUCUGCCGGGAGCUUUCUGCAUCCUUUCUAGUCUUAGGCCAAUGAAAUCCUAAGCUAGGAAGAGAGCACAGUGUAGUACUAUAAUGUCUGUGUGCGUAGCUCUUUUCCUAAGGCAGUGGAGACUCAACUGGUUGCCUGGAAGCCGUUUUUACUUGAGGCAAAUAGCCAGUGACAAGCCUGAGCUGGGAUGAAAGGCUAUCUGAUGCCUGAAAUAAACACACUGCUGCUCAAGAAUGAAAAUGCAUUGGGAUGGGCCAAAGAAGAGAGACAGCAGGAUACUGAGACUGUGGACAGUUGGGUUUGAUUCAUAAGGAAUUGGUGGGGCUGAUGUGGUGUGGCAACAACCCCAAUAAGCAUUUUGAUAAGCUCCACUCCUUUUGUUUCCCUGACUCCACCCUGCCCACCAGCUAUUUGGGAUAUUUUGACAUCUAGUUGUGCCUGUAGCACAGAAACCACCAUAAGGGAAAUGGUCUGGAUUGCAUCUCUGGACCUCUUCUUAGCUGCUCCCUAGUCGGACAAAGAUUUUUAUAACCAGUUCAUCCCACCCCUGCCCCCCAAACACGGACAUUUUACUUCCAACAAAUGCUUUGAAUAUCUUCCAUAUGCUGCAGAGCUCACUUGUCUGGAAAUUGAGAUGUGGCAUUUAAAAAAAAAAUUCAGCCACUUCUUUGUUGAAACCUUGAUGGUGUGUAUAAUAUGUAAGCUGGGGCGACAGUUAAGAAGGCCAAGGACUACCUCUGCUCAGUGAUGAUCCUCUGUUUCCACUUAAAUGUUUUAAAAGUUCCCUUUAAAUGGUUAGGUAGUGCAGCCCUUUGAAAAAUGUAACUGGCUCUUAUUCCAGCUCUAUUAAAUUCCUACCCACAACAGUUGUGGGCCCAACCAUACUUGUAAAUCUAAAGUAUCACAUAAAGGGAUGUGCCAUAAUUGUGGAACAA